CUAAGAAAGAGCAGGGAAAGGAAGAAAACAAGGAAGUGGUGAGACCAUCAGGAGCAAAGGUAAAUGGUGAUACUUUGCUGCAACUUCGCAAACGUCAACUGGCAAAUCCAGAUUCCCUUAAAGGAAGAUCCUUCCUCAGCAAGGCCCAAGGAAGAUGCUGGAAAAGACUCUCUCAGCCAUGACCUGGCUCUGCAUUCUCAUUGUGGCCUUUGCCAGUCACCCAGUGCGGCCACAGAGGCCCCCUAGUCACAGGAUACCCAUACUGCUCCAACUGGCUACUUGCUGUGAGGGUGUGAAGGAGCUCGAGGCCCAAAUUGGCAACCUAAGCAGUCUGGUGAGUGAACUGAGCCAGAAGGAGGAGAGAGACUGGGCCAGCGUUGUCAUGCAGGUGCUGGAACUGGAGAUCAGUAACAAGCACAUAAUGUCACGGCUCACAGAUGUCAAGACCAAGUACUCCAAAAUGAACAACCAGAUAGACAUUAUACAGCUGCAUGUAGCACACACCUCAGCAGGUGCCAUCUAUGACUGCUCUUCCCUGUAUCGGAAAAACUACCACACAUCUGGAGCGUAUAAGCUUCCUCCUGACGUCCUCGUUGGCAGCCCUGAGCUGCAGGUGUUCUGUGACAUGGAGACUUCAGGCGGUGGCUGGACCACCAUUCAGAGACGAAGGAGUGGCCUUGUCUCCUUCCAUGAGGACUGGAACCAGUACAAGCAGGGUUUUGGCAGCAUCCGUGGAGACUUCUGGCUGGGGAAUGAACACAUCCAUAGGCUCACCAGAAGGCCAACUCGGCUACAUGUGGAAAUGGAGGACUGGGAGGGCAACGUGCGCUAUGCUGAGUACAGCCACUUUGUUCUGGGCGAUGAAAUGAGCAGCUACCGCCUCUUCCUGGGGAACUACAGUGGCAAUGUGGAGGAUGACGCCCUCCUCCAUCAUAACAACACAGCCUUCAGCACCAAGGACAAGGACAAUGACCCCUGCAUUAAAAAUUGUGCAGAGAUACUUAAAGGUGGAUACUGGUACAGAUGUUGUGCAGCCUCGAACCUCAACGGGGCAUACUACCACCGCAGAGAGCACAAGAAGCACGUGGAUGGCAUCUUCUGGAACGGCUGGCAUGAGGCUCCUUACUCCCUCAAACGGGUGGAGAUGAAAAUCCGCCCAGAAGACUUCAAGCCCUAAAAAGAGACCUGCUGUGGAAAAAGGAUGCAGAAAUAGAGACAAAUGGAGGUUGGGCAAGGGCAGAGAAGGAGAGCAAUAGAGGAUAGAAAUGGUAGGGAUGGAAAACGGCCUAUAAUCUCCAAUGAGAGAAUGCAUCUCUGAGGAGGACAACAAAAGACAUUGAAGCUAAUGGGACGAGGUAUUUAAUCAUAAUGGGUCCUGAGAGACACUUCUCAGGGGGCUGCACUGGGUGGGCUCUGCCUGUGAUCCCUGACAUAGAAGCAGCCUGUCCUUUCCACAUGAUUUUUCUGUGAAAAAAACAAAACAAAAACUGUGAGGUCACUUAAUCCAUUUUCACUAUGUCUAGAUUACAUGAGGGGCAGAAAACCAAUCGUUUUGCUUAAAAGAAUAUCAUUACUCAGAUUCUCAAGGGAGAGGCUUUGGGUGUUAGGAAAAGUAUAAAAGAGGAGGAGGAGGCAGUUUCCAUUUUUAUAUAAUGUCCUUCUGUCUACACACUUUGUUUUUAAAACACGAAAACUGCUCUGCUGGGGCUGAGCUGGCCCAGGUCGGCGCUGCUUGGAGGAGGCUCCAGGGACCCAGGCCCCAUGCUCAGCCUCCCUCAGGGCAGAGCCCUCCCGGGAAUGACAGGGCCCAGCAGUGUCAGAGGAGUACCCACAGGGUGGGGAGAAAGCUCCCAUGAAGCUUGCACAAAACCACCUGAAAAUAUUCAUGAUUAGUAGAGAUCAAUUUAUUUUCAUUUACUUAUUGUAAGAAAGGGGCUCAAAGAGCUUCAUUUUAUACCUUAUCUAUUAAAAAUUUGUGAAAAAUGAAGGUA